AUGACGUUUAACAUUGAUAGAUUUAUAAGAACCUUAGCGUGGUUCCUUGUAACGCAGGUCACCAUGGUCUCCCAGGCCGGGAGGUCACAUUUCGUCACAACGGAGCUGAACAUACGUAAUGAAAUGCAAGGCUUGAAACGUCCAGAGAGAGUUUACCACUGCCAAGCUAUAAAUAAUGGCCUUGAAUACGGUUGGAGACGAGCCAAAAAGCCACCUUUGGGCCAUACCUUCCAUGUACUCUUGGAAGGUGGCCAAAAACUGGAGGAGGAGAUUCACCGCUGCCAUUUCCGAUCGGUGCUCGGUAAAGCAGACGUCGAUAUUCACAUGACCGCGAUUGAUGCUGAGAUUUGUAAUUAUAAAAGGGCAUGUGCCGUUCAUGUGGUUACACCGGAAGGGAUAAUGUUUCAUGGUAAAGAAUGGGAUUUCAAAGAGAGGUAUCCACGGCUGAUACCACGGACAUAUCUUGAAGCUAAGUGGAAACCUUGGCCACGACGCAGCAGCCACGACCGUGAGGAUCCGAGAAGCCAACGUCGCUUUGGAGGUUCACAAUGA